AUGCGGGCACUGACAGCACUGGGCGGCAAAGGGACGCACAAGCAGGUUCGGGACUAUUUGCGCAACAACCCUGAGCUGUUUGAAGGCACUACCUCUUCAAACCGUGAGCGCUGCAUUGAGGUCAUUCGCUUGAGCAACUAUUGCGAACCAUGUGGCAAGAAUGAAGAUGGAGAACUGACAUGGGGCGUGCCGUCCGGUACCAUUCCCCGUGGUGUCCGCCGCAAGAAGAAAGGCUUUGCAGGAUUUAUGCAAACUCCUGAAGCCACUCUGUCAGGCCCAGUGAGGUCAUGUCCGAAAGCUGCAGGUGAAGAUUACAAUCUUCUGUCACAUUGGCGCAAGACAUUGGAAUCGAAAGCAUUGAUGGAGCGUGUCUCUGCCUGGGAAGGAGCAAAGGUCUUGAAGGGGUACAAGGGUACUAAGGCUGACCGCAAGUCUAGCACUUGA